CAGAGGAAAUGACGAAUUGAUCACGCCGAGCGGGCAGCAGCGCAAUACCUCGCAUCCUCGAGCUCCUGCUCGUGCAUCCCCUCGAAUCCCGGGCGAAGGUGUAUAAGCUUUCGAUCAGCAAAUUUUCUUAUUCUUCUUUGCAGCGCGCGCGGGUGACCUUUCAUUGUCGCAAAACCCCGUCAUCGUCCUGUGUUUUGGUGGAGGCAAACUGUUUUGUCCGCAACAGGAAUGGCGAUGGACUCGACCCACGGUAAGGAGGCCGCAUCCCUACCACCAUCGCGGACACCCCUCCUUCCAUGCAGCGUCAACCCUCCUCGACGUCCCUUGCAGGCAUCGAAUGUUCCAAAUACUCAUCGCCUCGCAGAUGCGCUAGGACUCGCCGCCAAGCCCAGGAAGCGGCCCCGGUCGCGAGGCUCGACCACGUCGAUUCACAGCGCGACCACGCAGGCCAACGUGGAACACAGCUUCGCCGAGUCCGCGGACCUGUAUUCUUCACAAUGGCUACCUAAUAACGCCAGCCAUACGCGCGAGCUCCCCAACGGAUCGACCCAGAUGACUCCGGAGGACCUGCUGCUUGCCUCACAGCUGCAGGCAAGCCGCGACUUCGGGCCGGACGCUCCUAUGAAUGCAGCGAUUCCCAGCGUCUCAUUCCACCACCAUAGCCAUAGCCUCAGUCGCCAAUCUCUGUCUGCCGAGUCCUUUGCCGGAAACACGAGCUUUGCAGACGACAGCCAGAUGCUUGAUCGGGAAGUAAACGAUGGCGACGACUCGUUCAAUGGGAUGGCCGCGGCGACGAAGUCGGGUGCGCGUUCCAACGCCAAUAACGAGAUAGAGAUGCGACAGUUGUUCCACACCAACAAGCACCGCAGCCUCGAGGAUGUUUCCCACGAGCUGCUUGGCAAUGACCGCGGGCCAAACUCCGAACGGGCACGCCAGGUUUUUGCGAUGCUCUGGAUCAACCUCGUGUGCUCAACGGGAAAGGGGUCGGUACCAAGGGGGCGCGUCUAUGCCAAUUAUGCUUCUCGGUGUGCCACAGAACGGAUCACCGUGUUAAAUCCUGCAAGCUUCGGUAAGCUCGUACGGGUGCUCUUUCCGGGCCUCAAGACACGGCGCUUGGGGGUUCGCGGAGAGUCAAAAUAUCACUACGUCAACUUUCAGUUGAGGGAAGAGCAACCCGACGUCCGCGAUAGUCCCAGCCAACAUGCGGUGCCUUUGGGAGAGAAUGCUUCUUUGUCACAAAACUUCAACACCCUUCCCGCCGCCAACUCUACAUCGAUGCGAUCCGACAGAACUCCGUUUUCCGCGCCUCCAGUCCCACACCAACCCGGAUCGAAAAUCAUGCGAUCACACGAAUUCCAUCAUAGCCUCUACAACCAGCCGCAGGUAGUGAGCGUUGACCAGCUGCAGUCGACGAUGAGCAAGACUCCCCAGCAGCUUCUUUUUUCGACUGAAACAGGGGAAACGUUCAAGCAGUCGGACCCGAUCAUCCUUCCCCGAAUCGAAGCAUACCUCCCGGACGGCACAGAUCCCGACGCGGCCAAGUCCCUCGUGGCCCUCUAUCGUUCAUAUUGCACGUCCCUGGUCGAAUGUAUCCGCUACUGCAAGGAAAAGGCCUUUUUUCAUCUCUUCACGUCAUUUCAAGGCACCCUCACCAUGCCCGUGCAGAAACUGUUUGCAAAUCCGGCCAUCUCUCCGUGGAUCGAGGAAUCUGACUUUGUCCUGUAUCAGCGAAUGAUGCGCAUUGUUUCGGGUCUGACCCUUCAGGUAGUGCCCAAGCCUGUUCUCGACACGCUGCGCAACAUCUCCGAGCGGCUUGUGCCCCAUAUCCGGGAGUCGUUCCAAGGGCAGCCUCUCCACGUGGUGAGGGCUAAAGAGGGCCCGGCUACCAUCUUUGCCGGUUUGCUCGACAGGGCACUGCGGGUGAACCUCACUGCUCACGCCGCCGCCAACAUGUUGUCAAACCCUGCGAACCGCGACCUAAUGUACAUGGAGUGGAUCUCGAUGAUCAACGUUAGGAAGCUGGCCGAGUGCAUCCCAUCACGUGGCAUGGACGAUGUCGUGAAUCUUUUGCUCAACGAGAUGCGCGACCUGCUCAACCCGGUUAACAUCCCAUGGGAGAUGGAGUGCUUGACGGUGCAGGGCGAAAUUGCCUCGCGAAACGGCAGGCCACCGCAAGAGGGUGAUUUUGAGGAAAUGGACUCGUCAAACGUGCUGGAUCGCUGGGUCAAUCUGUUGCGUUCCCUCCCGAGCCGGUUCCCGUACGCGUCGGACACGAAUCUUGUCUGGUGCGUCCAGAGGCUGAGCACGGCUCUGAUGAGGGACCUCACGAUUGGACAAGGAAAGAGCUUCGGGUCGUGGUGGGUCACGAAAUGUUGGGUGGACGAGAUGAUCCAGUUCAUGGCAGAGCAAGGCGGCUUCCUGCAGCAGAAGCUGAGUCAAUCCCCGCUCGCGGUUCCGAAGCGGCAGUCAGCAAACCAAGAGCUGAACCACCAAGGAUCUCGGUACAGCAGUGGCAGCGAUGAUUUCGGUAUGUCGCGAAUGCCAGAGCCGCAACCAGAUCGGGCGCCGUUUCCUUCGGCUCCGACGUCCAACAGUCAGCAAGCGACGCACGACGAUAGCGGAAUCGGCAUCCGGACACCGGACGAGGAGUUGCCGGCCGACAAGUUCAGCCUCACGCCCGCAACCGCCCAGGACCUAUUCGCCGGCACGGAGCUCCAAGUUGAUCUGGGGGAUAUAUAGCAUUUGUUGUCUUUAGGCAAAUGAGGGUGUGGGUGCUUUUUUUUCGAGACUGUUUUACUAGGGACGGUGUUGCGGCGUUAUACACAGCGGGGAAUUGUUUGUCCCCCGGAGUCACGAUGGGACGAUUAGGAUGAAAGAUUUAACGGCAUCAUUGGGCUUGACGGCUAUCAGGCUUGAAUGGGGUUUGGAUCAUGUUGAUUAAUGGUUUUCGAUGUUGUGAUGUCUCAGGCAAGGGGCGGUUGUUUGUUGUGCUCGUUGGAUGUCUUGGUUAGCGGGUUGGCCCUUCACAGGGCGGGUGGCGGCGCGUAUUGUACCUCAACUGAGAGAUCUUCAUUGGGUUUUUUAUCAUUUGGCACACAAAAGCAGAUCAUGUCGACCACGCCGAACGGAUAUGGAGAUGCCCAUCAAGGAUUCGUGGCUUGUGCUUGUGCCAGUAAUCUUUACCCCUGUUGUUUUGAUGUUC